AAAUUUUUACCGCGAGAAUAAAAAUAGCUUCUAUUCCAAUGUAAAGUUAUAAAAUGGCGGAAAAUAAAAUCUAAAUGUUUUCAUAUCGAUUUUUUUUCAUGUAAAUAAAUCAAUUAAUGGUUAAAUUGGAUGAAGAAAAGGAAAGAACAAGAAGAUUGUAUAGUUUGAGAUCAGAAUUAUCAGACCUAUUACUUGAAUGACAUUGAUGGCAUUGAACUUCAAAUAUACUGUGGACUGGUGCAUUAAGAACUUCCAGGAAAUGGUUUUGCUGUUGGUAUUGUCUGCUCUUGUUGCUAUUGACGUGUGUUACGGUCAAAGUACUUGGACAUGCACUGCAAAUACAGACUAUGUCCCUGCAAGUUCUUGCUCGAAGAAAAUGGAAGAGAAAAUCAAUUCUUUAGAACUUCAAAUACAACAACUGCAGAAACUUGUCCAACAACAAAACGUAUCGCCUUAUACGACAAUCGAAGGCUUUGCAAGAGAUUGCUCGGAGAUAUAUAGAAACGGUACCAGAAAAGACGGUGUUUAUUCCAUCUCGCCAGACGGGAGAUGCCCAUUCUUUGUGUUUUGUGACAUGGCAAAUGGUGGCUGGUCAUUAAUUCAAAAACGUGCGGAUGAUAAGAUAAAUUUCUACCGGUCUUGGGAUGAUUACGUAAAUGGCUUUGGAGAUAUCGAUGGGUCACAUUGGCUUGGUUUAGAGAAAAUCCAUCGUCUAACUAGUGGUGGCAGUCAAAUUUAUUUUGACAUGGAGAAUUAUGACGGGGGAAAGGAGUAUGCGCAUUAUAAGGUUUUCACCGUUCACGACGCAACAACUGCCUACACCAUGAACGUAGAUGCCUUUAAUUAUGACGGUAAUAUUGAUGAAAUAUUCAGUUACCAUAACAACAUGAAAUUUUCAACAUAUGACAGGGACAAUGACGCUUCUUCUACUAAUUGUUGUAAGCAGAGUCUGGACGGUGGUGGAUGGUGGUAUAAAGACUGUUAUAAGUUGGGAAACUUAAAUGGAGUUUAUGGGAAACGAGAGGUUGGAGGUAUUGGCUACUGGAACACAAAGAACGUUCCCAUUAAAAAUGUCAUACUGAAGGUAAAAAACAUGUAUGGUCAAUGUUAAAAAAAGCCACAGUCAUCAUUUGUGAUUUUGCAGAAAAAUUUCCAUGUAUGUUUUGUAUUUAUGAUAAAUAUUGAUGUUUAAAUUUUUUCCUGUUGCUAUUUUUUCACAUAAUAACCGCAAUCAUUUAUAUAAUGAAUGUAUUUUUAAAUUGAGAAGAAUACAAACAUGUACAGCUACAUGUAGAGACAUGAUCAUGAUAAAACCUACAUUGUAGAAAAAUAAAUCGAAUUCAACAUGUGAACAUAUCAAAAAAAAUUUUAAAAGGGGUAUAUUGUUAUUUUUUGGAAAAAUAAAACGAGUAAGAAUUUAUGAUGACAUAUAUACAAUAAGAGAGUCAAAUAUACAAUAUCUAAUUAAUUUUAUCGAUUAUCAUUAUAUUAAACAUUGUUA